AUGCUGUUGGUUGUUGGCGCCUAUGACGGUACCGGAGUGUGGCGCGGGGUGUGUGUGGCCUGUAGUUUGGACAUUACUGGUCCGGUUGGUUGGAUUGCCUCUGGCCUGGCGUCGAGAUCCUCUUCCGUCCACGCGCUGACCAUCAGCCUCGCUUUUUCCUGUCGGUCGGUCGGUCUGACCUGCAGUCAGGAGGUAUGCGCAUGCCCGACCUCACUCUAUCACUCGGCUUUGCUGCCUCUUCUCAGUGCCCCGGGUUCGUCCCCUCUUGCUUGCUGGCCACGUGUCCCGGUCGUCCGGACAGAGCGACGGAUAGGCAGUCAUCCAACGUUGUCUACAACUCUCUGCCUGGCAGCGCCUGGCCCGUUCGUUGCAAAAUUCACUCGAAGAAGAGAGGAAAUCAUGCCGGACUCCCCAUACCGGUCCCUGGCUCUGCCGUCUUAUCACGCUUUCACCAUCAGAAGGCCUAUGAAGGAGGACUUUCAGCCCACCCGUGUUCACAUCUUUGCCUGCCUCGCACCAUCACAUUAA